UGGAGGCGCGCGAGCUGGCCACGAGAGAGGGAAGGGGGACGGGGCCGCGGAUUGCGGGGAGUGUCGGCGUUUUCCACCGAGAAGGUUGCAGCGCGUUGUUGCUGUGAAAGGGCCACUUGAGCAGUUAGCGAAUUGGGGAAGGCGCGCUAGGAAUACACUAACAAGCCGCGCGUAAACUAACCUUUUCCAAGAAAAGAGUUUUGCUGUUUCUCUGCCCCGAGCUAGCUGGGUUGGAGACGGAUUCGACCAGCAAGAGCCGAUAUUUUUAUUUGGCUUUCCGCGGAAGCAAAAGCUCCUGAAAAGCGGAUCUGCCCGGUCUGCUGUGUUUAUUUACACACACACUCACUCACGCCCCUCGUUAUAUUGGAAACUGCGUGAGAAAUAAAUCAUGUGGGUUGUUUACUGCCAAUGGCAUGCAAGGUUCCCGACCGCUUCUAGUGGAAAAAUCUGGGGCUUCUUGCCGCCAAAGGACGGGUAGGUUUUCCCCCACACCCCCGGUCUGACCGUCUGACUUAAAGCCUUAAUUCAGAAACGCGACCGAUUCCUAUCCCGCUGACAAACGUAAUGGAGCUUCAGGAAUCCGGCUAAACAGGCUAAACUUCCAGAGUGGAGUUGGUUUUUUUUUUUUUUUUGGCAAGGCGCGUGAAGCAGCAACGCGCCCUCUGUGAACGCGAGUAACCCGAGCCGGCUGGCCGUCGGGGAAGUCGAUCUGGUCCCGGCCUAUCGGAAACGCGGAGCUCUGUUGAUUGAUGGGAAGGUGCACACGAAGAUAAGCCAUGAUUGAGUGCCAUUAAAGGAAAAGUGCUCUCUCGGUUAAGCCCCCAGAACACAUCCAGGUGGAUCUAUAGAUUUCCCAAGGCCUUCAUUUCCAUCUGAUUUGAAUACACACCGUGCAGUUCAUCUUUUUAUGAGGGAAUAGAUCAAUCCAUGGUCUCAGUAAGUCAUAGCAAACUGCUAUCUGUUUCUGGUCCAUUGCUUGCCCCAGCUUUUGAUCAGCAAGAUAUCAUAUUAGAUGUUUUCCAGCCUGACAUGCCACCAUUAAAUUUACUGCAGGACUGCAGCAAUGAACAAGUAUCUGUCCCAGCUGCUACCUCAAACACAGUUUCUACAUCAGAGGUGGGUGUCUCGUUGUCAAUGGUAAAGAAGGAAGUGGAGAAACCACAGAAUACCAUCUAUGAGGCUUACCUCAAACUGCCAGAUUUUUGUUCAGAUGUCUCUAGAGAUUUCAUCCCUACAUUGGAAGAGAUCGAGGAGUUCCUCAAUGAGAAGAAAGAACUUGUCAAGGAUGAACUGAAUGACAGCCAACCAGGGGGGCAACUUGAAAUAAAAUCUGAAAUCAACUUAAGCAGUGCAGGGGAAGAGUCUGCUACUGGAACUGAUCUAGAUGAAGGUGUUUCUAGUUCUGUUCAGGCUGGAGUAGCAUCUGGAGAUAUAAGCAUGCAUAGAACCAUGGGAUCAAUCCCUGUUCUCCUUCAGAUCCAGCCUGGCCAAGCAGAUGAUAGCUCAUCCAUCCAGAAUUCUGUGGGUGGUAUUCCGGUGGCCCACUUGAUCAUUAGAAUGCAAAGCCAAAACUUGACUGUUUAUCCCCAGGUCACUCCAAGUCCUGUGAAAGGCACAGAUCAGAAGUAUGUACGAAUAGCUCCAUUGCCUGUCACAUUGAGGCCAGAAGUUCCUGGAAGUACAAAGAGUAUGGAGACCAAAGUCCCCAAAGUUUCCCCUUCAGUUAUUCGAGUCCACAAGUGUACACAUCCUGGCUGCACCAAGAUGUACACUAAGAGUUCCCAUCUUAAGGCACACUUCCGACGUCAUACUGGAGAAAAGCCUUAUACUUGUACAUGGCCUGACUGUGGUUGGAGGUUUUCCCGUUCAGAUGAGCUAUCUCGUCACAAGCGCUCCCAUUCUGGACUCAAGCCUUACCAGUGUCAAAUAUGCGAGAAGAAAUUUGCCCGCAGUGACCACUUAUCUAAACAUAUGAAGAUCCACAAAGGGUCAUUCAGUUCAGGAAGUCAGUCAGCAGGUUGUUUUCGUAAUAGUUAACUAACUCCCUGUUUCCUUGCCAAGAGAAGAUUUCCCAUCAACUCAAAGGACAGCUGAAUAGAAAAUAUGAUUUUUCUUUAGGAGAUAAGUAAUUAGAAAAUGACUUGUUUAAGGAGAAAACAACCUCUGUUUCAAUGUGCCUUACAAUUAUGGUUUGCCUCCAAAUCAAGAUCUUUGACACAGGUUAAUAAUUGUACAUUAUAUCUGAGAGGAAAAUGUGACCAUUCAGGAUGUGGAGAAGAACAGCAUGAGAUUCUGUUUCAUUCUAAAUGUUGUAAAUACUGUACUGUAAAUAUUAUUCUUCUACUGGUAUUGAGCUGCCUAUAAGGGACUGUAUUCAAAUGUAAGUUACCUUUUUCAUAAUCUCUCAGCCUAUCCUUAUUUGAGCAGCCUGGCACUUAUUCUAAAACCAAAAGAGUGACAGAAAAUUAUUUCGGUUUGAAAUGUAGGCAAGUGAACAUAAACUAUAAUAAAUCCAGCAAACAAAUUA